CGUCGUCUGUUUUGUCAACACUACUUUGUAAUAUUUUUAUGCUAAAAAGAAUGGACCAUUCAAAUUCAGACACUGAAACUGAAGAUUAUCAGCAACCUUUACUUCACCGCAAAGAUGACCAUAACGUUCAAAGAGCUCCCGCGUGUUGCUCCUCGCGGUACGGUCUUGCCUUAUUGUCCUGCUAUGGUUUUUUUGUGGCGUACGCCCUGCGCGUUAACCUCAGCGUGGCUAUGGUGGACAUGCUGAACAGCAGUACCAGUGGCAACGCCAGUCCGUCAGUCUGCCCCCGACACAGCAGCCCUGUGCGGCCGACACACAAUCACACUGCCAGUGUGUAUAACUGGGACCAUGAGACUCAGGGCUGGAUAUUGGGCUCCUUCUUCUACGGCUACAUCUUGACCCAGAUUCCGGGCGGUUACCUGGCGCGAAAGUACGGUGCCAAGUGGCUGCUAGGCCUGGGGAUCCUUGGCACGGUGAUCUUUACGCUGCUGACGCCCGUAGCUGCAGACCUGGGCCCCGGCUACCUUAUUGCCGUCAGGGUGCUGGAGGGUAUUGGGGAGGGCGUGACAUAUCCAGCAAUGCAUGCCAUGUGGGCGUCCUGGGCCCCACCGUUGGAAAGGAGUCGAUUGCUGACAAUCUCUUACACGGGCGCUCAGCUUGGCACUGUAGUGGCCCUUCCCCUGUCUGGUCAGAUAUGUUUUUACUUGGACUGGACAUACGUGUUCUACAUAUUUGGUGCUGUUGGGUUGCUAUGGUUUGUCCUGUGGGUGUUUUUAGUCAGUAAUUCUCCCAGCAGUCACAGUAGAAUAUCAGACAGGGAGAGACUUUACAUCACUUCCUCCCUGAAAAAUGAGCUCUCUCCGACCGUGGACUACAUCCCGUGGAAGUCCAUUCUCACCUCCUUACCGUUAUGGGCCAUCGUGGUUGCACAUUUCUCUUACAACUGGACGUUCUACACUCUCCUGACCCUCUUACCCACCUACAUGAACAGCAUCCUGGGCUUCAGCAUUCAACAGAACGGAAUGCUGUCUGCUCUGCCUUACCUGGGCUGUUGGCUCAUCGCUCUGUUGGGAGGGCAGCUGGCAGACUACCUGAGAGAGACCUGCCUGUACCGAACCGUACUGGUCCGCAAGGCCUUUACCCUGGCAGGCAUGAUUGGACCGGCCGUGUUUUUAGUGGCGGCCGGCUACACUGACUGUGACUACAUCCUGGCGGUUGUAUUCCUGACCAUCUCCUCCUCCCUGGGCGGCCUCUCGUCCUCUGGUUUCAACAUCAACCAUCUGGACAUUGCACCCUCAUACGCUGGAAUCCUGCUGGGAAUCACAAAUUCCUUUGCCACCAUCCCUGGUAUGGUUGGACCUGUAAUAGCAAAAGCUCUCACCAAAUCUAACACCAUUGAGGAGUGGAGAAUAGUCUUCUACAUCUCGGCGGCGAUAAAUCUGUUCGGUGCCAUCUUCUUCACGCUGUUUGGGAGGGGCGGGGUGCAGCCCUGGGCAGUGCAGGAGAGAGUCCACAUUCAGUAGCACGGCUGCCCCCCCCGCCGCGGAAACGAAAGGGAAGCUUGUGUCUGAUGUCGAAUCCAAAAGAACACGUCAUCCCAACCGGAUAAUUUCUCUCGCACACUGAGGAAUUAUCUUCUAGUCCUGUCUUAAUUUUUUUUUGGUUCUUUUCUCAUAAUUGGUCUGUGACAUGUUGUUUGGUUAAGACUGAAUAACUGGUAACAGGUCUGAAGCCUUGACAGUCUUGAGUGGUCAUUGUGUUUACGUUAUCUACCUCAGCGUGUCUGUCAUUGCUGGGGGCCAUUUCACGAGCAAAGCAAUGCUUCUUCCUGCCCCCCACCCCCCAUAUAUAUCUUGAUUAUAUCCUGAACGUGGUCAUUAACAGUGUAUGCAUUCAUCCAAUGUUCUCACCAUACGCUGUCAGGAAUCAGGCUUAGUUAGAGGAUGAGUGACAUUAUUGGGCUAAGUUCAGUCCUCUGACUUGGUGACAUGCUUCUCAGCUGCACUUCACGAUGAUUUACAGGUUAAAUUGUUCCUUCACAAUAAUCAGGUGUUAUUUUUUUUCCCCCUCUGUUGGAAACAGUGCUGAUUACAAAUGUUACUCAAAGAGGGGGCAAAGACCAAACUUCAGGGUUUCUAUGGGUUUUGGAUGCACUGUCAUGUUUUACUGAUUAUAUCCUGUUAUAAAAACAUUCCUAGCAGUCCAAAUAAGGCUUUUUGAAGUUCUUAUUUCAGCUUGAAUGCUGUUUUAGCCCACACGCUGUCCUUGCCUGUUAGCACUCUGUGUUGUGCCUUAUGAAAUAUAAAAAGUGCACUAAUAACAUUCAUACGUGUGAUAAACUGAGAGGGGAUCAAACUGACGGAUGUGAUGAUCUUCUGAAGUCAAAUGUCACUACGCUGAUGUUCUUAGCAGUACAUUUAGCAAACAAUGUUGUUAUAGAGACGAAAAGAAGCUAAAGGGAAUCAACUGUUUAAAAGGUCUUUUU